AUUCCGCCGGCGUGGAAGCAGAGAGCUCGUCCGCCAGUCACCGGUGGGUGCUUCAUCACUGCCGCCGAAGUCCGGUAUAAUGGAUAUGGACAUUCCUCUCCCCGACGAGCUUGAACUUCUCGAAGCAGAUUUUCAUCUCUACGAAGAUUAUUUGGACCCUGAACUGGCCGAAAUCGACGAGGAAGAAGAGCUGGAAAACGAGUCGUCCGAUGGACCGAUUCCGCAAUUGAACUCGCCCAAUCCCUCCACUGUCGAAUUGCACUUAGGCACCGAAUCUUCUCCAGUCAAUGGCCUCAAGCGUCUGAGAUCGGACGAUGCGGACGCACCGAUGGAUGUGGUUUCGGAUGAUGCGGAGCCUUCCGGAGGGAAGAAAUGCAGGACUGACAAGCAAGUGGUCGAGAACGAGGAGGAUUGGCUUCGAUAUUCACCACCCAGCGAGAAGAACUCUAUGGUGGAAGAGGGAGCGAGUUUGGUAGCGGAGGAAAAGACGGUCUUCAGGUACGUUUCAGAGAUCGAUGGCGAUUUUAUUCCGAUUACGGCACCAGAUAGUGACGAGAGGGUCUAUGCGAAGUUAGGUCGACCUGUGGACAAGGAGAAGUCCAAGAAAUUGGACUUGAAAGAGUUUCAUGGAGGUUUAAUGCAAGAAAAUAUCAAUGUUUUACUGGAAAGAGCGGAGAAGGAGACUCUGACCAAGAUCUUGGAGGCUAGUUAUGAUAUGCAGAUCGAUGCGACGCUCCCUCAAGCACCAGUGAUGCAUGAACGACUUUGGGUGGAUAAAUAUGCUCCAAGUUCUUUCACUGAGCUUCUUAGCGAUGAACAGACAAAUCGCGAGGUUCUUCUAUGGCUAAAACAAUGGGAUUCUCAUGUUUUUGGAUCUGAAAUUAGGACUACAUCAGAUGAGGUUUUAUCUUCUUUAAGGCGACACUCUUCCAUUGCUCAGCACCAUAAGCUUUCUAGCUUUAGCUUUACUAGGAAGAAUAAAUUUCCAGUACGCAGAACUAGUAAUUUUCAAGAUUAUACUUUCUCGGACCACCAUAAUGGAGCUACGAAUAGCAUUAAGGACAUAUGGAGCAAGAAGACAAGGCUUUCAAGUCCACCAGAACACAAGAUCCUUUUACUCUGUGGUCCUCCAGGACUUGGAAAAACUACACUUGCUCACGUAGCUGCCAAACACUGUGGCUAUCAUGUGGUGGAGAUCAAUGCUAGUGAUGAUCGGUCUUCAUCAACAAUUGAAUCCAAAAUUCUUGAUGCCAUUCAGAUGAACUCUGUCUUCGGUGAUGCCAAGCCAAAUUGUCUGGUUAUUGAUGAAAUUGAUGGAGCACUCAGUGAUGGCAAGGGUGCGGUGGAUGUUAUUCUAAAGAUGAUCAACGCUGAUAAAAAGGCUGAAAAGGAAAAUGGUUCUAAAGACCAGUCAGGCAAGAGAUCAAAAAAGGGGGAAAGAAGUGUUUCUUUAUCUAGACCUGUGAUAUGUAUAUGUAAUGACCUUUAUGCUCCCGCUUUGAGAUCAUUGCGUCUGAUGGCAAAGGUUCAUGUAUUUGUUCAACCCACAGUUAGUCGUAUAGUGAACAGACUCAAGUACAUAUGUAACCAAGAGGGAAUGAGAACAAGUUCUGCGGCGUUAUCUGCUCUUGCACAAUACACAGAAUGUGACAUCCGGUCUUGCCUGAAUACUCUUCAGUUUCUCAACAAGAAAAAAGAAACCCUUUCUGCAUUGGAGAUUGGUUCACAAGUGAUUGGACAAAAGGAUGUGUCUAGAAAUGUCUUCGACAUUUGGAAAGAGAUUUUUCAUACGAGAAAAGUUAAGCUUCAGAGUAGAUCAGAUGGUAAAUCCAGGAACCCAUGUGAUAAAAUUGGACAUUUGUACUCCCUUUUAUCUAGUCGUGGUGACUAUGAGUUGAUUUUAGAUGGGAUUCAUGAAAAUAUUUUGCAGCUCAAUUAUCAUGAUCCAGUGAUGGAAAAGACUGUCAAAUGCCUUGAAAUGCUUGGAGUAUCAGAUCUUAGGAACCAGUAUAUUAUGCGGACACAGCAAAUGGUCCUUAAUGUUUAUCAGCCUCCUUGUAUAAUCACCGUACAUCGGCUGGUGGCCCAAGUUCAAAGACCCAAUAUUGAAUGGCCAAAAUCUUAUCUAAGAUGUCGGGCACUGUCAUUGGAAAAGAUGGAAAUUUUGAGGUCUUGGCAUUCCAAAGUUACUCCACUUAUUUCAAGACAUAUAAACCCUAGGACAUUUGUGGAAGACUUGGUUUCUCCUUUAUUGCAUAUUCUAUCACCUCGAACUCUUAGACCGGUGGCAAUGCACCUGCUAUCAGCGAAAGAGAAGGAUGAUUUAACUAAGCUAGUUCGCAUCAUGGUGUCUUAUGCCAUCUCGUAUAAGCAAAUGAAACCAGAUCCUCAUCCGAGUAGCUUGAGGCAUGAAGCAACUUUAGAUGGUCCAGUUCUUGCUUUCGAUCCCCCCAUUGAUGACUUUGUUUGCUUUAAGGGCUAUGAAAACUGUCACAAUGUACUUGCAUUAGCUAUGAAGCAAUUAUUGGCUCAUGAGGUUGAGAACCAAAGAAUCUUGCUAGCAAGCAAUGGCAAAACAGAGCAUCUAUCAGAUGCCAUGAAGGUAAACCAUCAAGUUUUGCAGGCUAAAACUUACAAAGGUGGACUUGUGAAAACCGAUUGUGUAGCUUUAUCCGCUAAAGACAACAUAGAAGACCGAAAAUCAUAUUCGGCGCAGCAUCAUCCGAGUAACUCAACUUCAUCACCUUCAGUUUCCAAUGGGAAUUCUGCUCCAGGUGUUAGUUUAAAGUCUUCGGGAAUUCGGAAAAAUACCUCUAUGGGUUCCUCAAAUUUUUUUGAUAGGUUUCGAAAAUCGAGUGGCAAAGGCUCUCAAAAUACCGAUUCCAUCGAUAAGAAAGAAAUUACGCUGGAGAGAGAUCAACGCCCGUUGCUGUUUAAAUUUAAUGAGGGUUUCACAAAUGCAAUAAAGAGACCGGUUCGGGUUCGUGAUUUUCUGCUUUGAUAAAUAACUUGCUUAGCUUAUUUGAGAGGGGCUAUUUUCUGAUAGCAGUUUAUAUAUUUGUCCGAAUUGUUUAUUUUUGUCAAUAGUUAUAUCCUGCUGGUUUCCUAGUCAAUUUUACAAUACAACUAGAAAAAGAAGAACAUAUGUAUAUAUAUAAAGCUUGGAUGUUAGCACCUCCUUUGCUCUUAGUCUUACUAUUGGCAAGGUUAAUAGUAACUUCAACUGAUCGUUUUAUUC